AUGAUAGAGAAAGCUUUGGACGACUUUUUCUCGCUCAUUCCUUCCUUGUCAAAAUCAUCGGAUCAAACCACCUCAGUUUUGACACCUUCACGACCAAUCAUGUGCAAUAUUUUUGAACAGUCGUUGCAACGGCUCAGCAACCGCGAAGCUGUGUUGACCGCGGUUCGGCACUGGGUCCAGGAAGCCCAGAAAGAACAGCCCGGCGAUGAUCUGGAGCACCUCUUGUGGUAUGCCUGGGAGGCGGUUAUUGACAAGGCGGGGAAGACGCCCGUGGACCAGCAAGAGCAGCUAGUACAGUUUCUUGCCGAGCUCAGGAAGCACGAGCUGCCAAACUUGCGGUUUGGCGAGCACAAGGUGUGGAAAGAUUUGCCCAACUUCGGGCUGGCGGCUAGGGAGAAGUACAACGAUGUAGAGGCGUUUGCUGCUGAUUCACCCGAAGACCGUGCCAAACAAGAUGGACUGGUGGGGUUGCUCGCAAGGUUGACAGGUGUGGUGACCAAGGAUAUCGACCCGGAGACCACAAAGGGAGAUGUCGGCGGCGACUUUGCGUUGUUUGGGCUCUGGACCCUGAGGGAGGUCUUUGAGGGUAAUGUUACCACAUCGAACCCGGAGAGAAAGGAAUACAUUACGGCGGAUGGAGAGUUGGUACAAGGAGCAGAUGCCCAGGUUGCCAGUCGGGGAGUCAAUCAGGCUAGCCUCUACAUCCUGUUGGCGGGGGAGUAUCUCUGGAGGUUGAGCCAGGCGAAUAAAGAUUUCGUGGGGAACAACGGCGCGCCUGGCCCCUACUUCAAAGAUCGCGCAUGGAAGGGCUUCAGCAAGGAGAGGUGGGCAAUCUGGAAGAGAGGGUUCGAGAAGGCCCAGGAGUGGGUUGUGGGUGAGGAAGCCAAGUCAAGAGUCAAGGCCGCCGUCGAGAAGAUGGCUAAGCUUGAAUGA